AUGUCUGUCUUAAUAAAAAGACUAUUUAAAACACUCACACCCCUAUAAAAAAAAUAUUUAAAAACUAAUUUCCUGUGUUUAUCAUAUAAAUUUACAUCCGAAUAAGUUCCUCGAACCCAAAACGCAUACGAAAUAGCCUACGAGUAAUCCACUAAUCCCCAUACUCGUGAAAGUUUUUGGUUCCAACAAUCAAAAGCAAUAGAUUGGUUUAGUUAUCCAUCCUAAAUUCUUGAUAAGUCCAACUCAAACCCUGGCUUAUGGCGUUGGUUUAAAGAUGCUUAAUUAAACAUGUGUCAUAAUUGCAUAGACCGUCAUUUACCUUAAUAAAGCCACCAACCUGCUUUAAAUUGGUAUAGUGCAUAUUUAAAUUAAGAAAAAAUAUAUACAUACAAAGAAUUACAUGAAAACGUAAAUAAUCUUUCUUUAAUAUAUUAAAAAUUCGGUUUAGAAAAAGAUGAUGUGGUAAUUAUUUAUAUGCCUAUGAUUCCUGAGGCUGUAUUCGGAAUGUUAGCCUGUUCAAGAAUUGGAGUUCUUCAUUCAGUUGUUUUUGGUGGUUUUGCAGCUUAAGAAUUGGCUAAUAGAAUUAUAGAUUGUAAACCAAAACUUAUUUUGACAGCCUCGGUUGGAAUAGAGCCUUAGGGAAUUGAUUACGAUUAUGAAAGUUAACUUAUUUGGGCCAAAAAAUAAUAAAAAAACGUCCCAUGUGUUUAAGUAAACGGCGACCAUCCUUUAUACAUUUUAUACACUUCCGGAACAACAGGAACUCCGAAAGGAAUAGUCAGAGACACAGGUGGUACUGCAGUGGCUUUGUGUUGGUCAAUGAAACAUAUAAUGGAUAUUGAAAAAGGGGAUUCUUAUUUCGCUAGUAGUGAUAUCGGAUGGGUUGUGGGACAUUCCUUUAUCGUAUAUGGACCUUUACUAGUGGGAGCUUCAACUGUUCUUUAUGAAGGAAAGCCAAAUACUCCAAAUCCUGGAGCUUUAUGGAGAUUAGUGGAAAAUUUUAAAGUAAAAGGGCUUUUUACGGCUCCUACAGCCUUAAGGGCAAUGAGAAGAGACGAUCCUUAGGGAAUUUGGAUACAAAAAUAUGAUGUUUCGAGUCUUACGACUAUUUCUAUAGCGGGAGAAAGGUGCGAUGUGCCAACUUAUAAUUGGAUAAAAUCAGUUUGUUAGGGUGUAUUUGUGAAUGACAAUUAUUGGUAGACUGAAAGUGGGUGGUAAAUGUCUUGCAAUUUUAAAAAUUUGCAUACAUGGCCUUUAAAACCUGGGAGUGUAGUAAAACCAGUACCUGGUUAUGUUAUUAAUAUUUUAGAUGAAAAUAAUUAGAUUAUUACAGCGCCAGGGAAAUUGGGAAAAAUUUGUGUAAAAUUACCUAUGCCACCUUCUUUUAUGCUCUCUUUAUAUAAUAACGAAGAUGCUUUUAUCGAAAAAUACUUAAAAGAUGCCCCUGGAUAUUAUUAAACAGGAGAUUCGGGAUAUUAUGAUAUUGAUGGAUACCUUAAUGUUAUGUCAAGAAUAGAUGAUAUUAUAAAUACUGCAGGACAUAGGCUUUCUACAGGAGCUAUAGAAGAAAGCUUGCUGAAUAAUAGAGAUAUAGUAGAGGCUGCAGUAGUGGCUAAACAGGAUAAAUUUAAAGGGGAAAUUCCAGUUGGGUUUGUAGUAUUGAAAGAGGGGUUGAAUAAAAGUUAGGAGGAAAUUUAGAAAGAAUGUGUAUUAAUUGUGAGAAAAAUAAUAGGACCAGUGGCAAGCUUUAAUAAUUGUAUUUUAGUAGAGAAAUUACCGAAAACUAGAAGUGGAAAAGUUUUGAGAAACAUAUUAAAGAAAAUGGUUGAUAAUUAAGAAAUUGUUAAUAUUCCACCAACAAUUGAAGAUGCUAGUGUUCUAAAAACUAUUAGUAAAAUAGUUAGGAAUUAUUAUAAUGAUUGAAGAUAUUUAUUUAUAAAAAUAAAUUAAGUAAUUUUUUUAAAUAUAUAUAAUUUUUUUUUUAUAUUAUUAAUAAAUAUUUAUAUUAUAUAUAUAUAUAAAUAUGUAUUCAUAAUAUAAUUAUAUACAUAUUAUUUAA